AUGUCAGAUAAUAACAGCAAUAAUACUAAUACUCCUGUUGAAAAGACAGAAUUCAAACCCAAAGAACUUACCCCUGAAGAAAAAGAAAUACAAGAAAAAUGGAUAAACAUUCAAAAUGAAUUAAAAACAAGCUUAAUAGAAAUCGAUCAAAUAGAUUUUAGUAUACCCGGUGUCGGUGAUGGCGAUAAUCAAAACCACAAGAAAGAAUUAAAGUAUAUUGGUGGUGUAGAUAUCAGUUUUGUUAAAGAUAAUCAAGAGGAUGCCUGUGCCGCACUUAUAGUAUUGGAGUACCCAUCAUUAAAAAUUGUCUAUAAAGAUAUAGAAUUUGUUAAAUUAAAUCUACCAUAUAUACCAGGUUUUUUAGCAUUUCGUGAAGUACCACAUCUAAUCAAAUUGAUUGAAAGGUUAAAAGAAUCAAAAGAUAAUUGUCAUUUAGUUCCACAAGUUUUAAUGAUAGACGGUAAUGGUAUUUUGCAUCCACGUGGUUUUGGUUUAGCAUCUCAUUUAGGUUUAUUGGCUGAUAUACCGACUAUUGGUGUUGGUAAAACUUUUUUCCAUGUAGAUAACCUAAACACCAAAGAUAUUAAACAAAAAGUUGAAAAUGAAAGAUUAUCAUAUUUAGAACAACAAAAACAAAAAGGAAAUAAUAAUAACAAAAACGAUGAUAUGGAUAUUUGUGUAAAGCUAGAGGGUGAAAGUGGUCGUGUAUGGGGUGCCGCUAUUUUAUCAAAUAAAUCCUGCAAGAAUCCAGUGUAUGUUUCUCAAGGUCACAGAUUAUCAUUAGAUACAACUUUAAAAUUAGUCAAAUUAACAACCACCUAUAGAGUACCAGAAUCAAUUAGACAAGCAGAUUUAUUAUCUCGUGAUUUUAUAAGAUUAAAUUAUAAAGAGAAUAAAUAA